ACUCUGAGCUCAACCUAUUGUCCAUAAGAAGCUGCGUUUGUGACGGACGUACAUCCUGCAAUGGUGAAUCUCUCUGUAUAGGAAUCGCCAGAUAGCAAUCGGAUCCUGACUGGAUCUGGAUUGGAUGGCCUGGAGUCCUUAUGGCUAUCUAUGAUGAAGAUAUUUUGAAGAACCCUUUCUAUUUAUCAAUUCAGAAACAGCAGCCUGAUCUUUUUAACCAAGUUGCAGACCUCCAUGGUAUUGUGCUUGUGCCAUGCAAAGGCAGCUUGUCAAGCAGAAGCAUAUCAUCACUUCCUUUUGAUGAUUAUGUAUUAAAGCCUGUGGAUGAAGGGUUCCAGACACUAAAGGGAAAGGAAGUUUUUGUCCAAGGAAAUUUAGUAAAACCUGGAAAAGGAUUUGCAUCUACAGAUACAGUACCAAUUCUCUUUGAAGAAACUUUUUACAAUGAUAAAGAAGAAAGUUACAGCAUAUGGUGUAUAGGGCGUCCAUUAGAAAGUGACAAAAAUCCAGAUGAGCAGUCUGUCCAAACUAAUACUUACUGUUUGAAAAACCUGGAAGAUGUAAAGGAAUUUUUGGGUAGACAUACAGACAAACUGACAAAACAGAUAGCAUCAUUCUGCAGCACAUUUAAAGAACGGGAAAGAAAAGGUCUUCAUCAUCAGAUAGAUUGUGUAAAUGCACUUUAUACAAAAUGUCUGCAGACUUUAUUAAGAGAUUCUCAUUUGAAGACAUUAGUAAAGCAAGAACUUCAGAUGAAUUUGCUGAAACAAGCAGUUGAGAUUUAUGUACAUCAUUGUGUUUAUGAUACUCUCUUCAAAUAUGUAGGUACCAUCGAGGCUAGUGAGGAUGCAGCUUUUAACAAAAUAACUAGAAGUGUACAAGAUCUUCAGCAGAAAGAUUUAGGAGUUAAAUCUGACUUCUGUGUUAAUAUACCUCAUGCAAAACGUGAAUUAAGUCAGCUCAACAGAUGUACUUCCCUGCAACAGAAGCCGUUCUGCUUAAAAAGGGUAGUUCAAACAGUAAUGCAGUCUCCAAGCCAGAGAGUCACAGUUGAGACCAUGUGUGCAGAUGACCUACUACCAGUCUUGCUGUACUUACUUGUAAAAACUGAGAUUCCAAACUGGAUGGCAAAUCUAAGCUACAUCAAGAAUUUCAGGAUUACCAGUUCAGUGCAGGAUGAACUAGGUUAUUGCUUGAUGUCAUUUGAGGCAGCAGUAGAAUAUAUCCGCCAAGUAAAUCUCCUUCAAGAU